AUGGUCGCCGGCCGAUCUUUUGUCCUCCUCCAGCAUCCGGCUGAAGAAGCAGUGUGCAAGACACCAGUUGUUUUCGCCAGCGUCGCCUCGGCGCUGGACUUCAUGGGAUACAAUUGGCGGUGGCCUCUCGUGUUCUACUUCUCCUCGAUGAUGGCGGUGGGCGGGGACGUGCUGGCCGUCACCUCGUCAACAUCCAUCUGCCACGUCGCCCCGCCGACCCUCUCUCUCCUCCCUCUGCCGCCGGGCCCGCGGAGCCUAGAUCGGGCCCGCCCCGGGCUGCGCCGGGCCCGAGGGAGCCCGCGCCUCGCCCCACCGGUCGCCGCCGUGCUCCGCCCCGCCGACCCGCCAAACAUCGCCCCGCCGCCGGUCCUCGCCAUCUCGCCACCGUGCGCCGCCGCCACGGAUCCAGCGCCGCCGCCCGUCCGCGGCCGCGACCCCGCGCCUCGCCGCCCUACGCCCCUCCGCUCCGGCCGCCGCCUGCCUCCGACGCCGGCACGCCGCCCGACCCGCGCCCGAGAUCAGCCGCCGCCGCCCGCUCGCCCGCCCUCCGCCGCCGUGGGCGCCGGAUCCGGCGAGGAGCGCCUCGGAUCCGGUCCCUUUCGUCCUCUCCAGCCGUCUUCCUCCUCUCCGGCCACGUCCCCGGCCAACUCCGGCGAAGUCCCCCGGAUCGGGACGAGAUCCACCAACUGCGCCCAACCAAACACCGUCCCCGCCCCGGAUCUCGUCGUCCCGCACGCCUCCGUCCCGGGUUGA